CUUCUCUGCAUCUAGAGCUUCGCUUCCUGUCAGAUCCGAGUCAUCAUUUUUCCAUCAGAGUCGUACUAGAGAAAUCCAUCAGCCAUGGGUGAUGGUGAGAUGGCGGUUUUUGGGGUGGCAGCCCCUUUCCUCCGCAAACCUGAAAAGGAGAGGAUAGAGGCCCAAACCCGCCCCUUUGAUGCCAAAACCUCCUACUUCGUGGUGGACCCCAAGGUGAUGUACGUGAAAGGCGCCAUCCAGUCCAGAGAGGGGGGAAAAGUCAACGUGAAGAAGGAAGACAUGUCCACCGUAACUGUGAAGGAAGAUGAAAUUUUCCCCAUGAACCCCCCGAAGUACGACAAGAUUGAAGACAUGGCCAUGAUGACCCACCUGAACGAGCCCGCUGUCCUGUAUAACCUCAAAGAGCGUUACGCAGCCUGGAUGAUCUACACCUACUCCGGACUCUUCUGUGUCACCGUCAACCCCUACAAGUGGCUCCCCGUGUACAACCCCGAGGUGGUCGCUGGAUACAGAGGGAAGAAGCGUCAGGAGGCUCCGCCCCACAUCUUCUCCAUCUCUGACAACGGCUAUCAGGCCAUGCUGACUGAUCGUGAGAACCAGUCCAUCCUGAUCACGUGA